CGGGACUUAGAGCCGUGACCUGGAAGUUCUUGUUCUACGCUAGUCACUUUUUUUUUCUGGGUCCGGCCAGUGGGCAAGAUGGCCACGCUGCGGGAGGGUGAAGUCAAAUUGGAUGGCGAGCCGAAACUAAGCAAGAAGUGGUGGUAAUCAUUAGUUCCAGGGUGUUCUGCCAUGUUGAUGCAAGCUGCUGUCAGGCUUGUUAGGGGGUCCCUGCGCCAAACCUCAUGGGCAGAAUGGGGUCAGAGGGAACUUCGACUGGGCCAACUUGCUCCUUUCACAACGCUCCGCAAGGACAAGCCACUUUCUGAUAGAAGAAGUGAGCUGAAGAGGCGUCUGAAAGCUGAGAAGAAGCUGGCAGAGAAAGAGGCCAAGCAGAAAGAGCUCAGUGAAAAGCAGCUAAACCAGACGACUGCUGCUGCUGCCACCAACCAUACUGCUGACAAUGGUGUGGGUGCUGAAGAGGAGACCCUGGACCCAAACCAAUACUACAAGAUCCGUAGUCAAGCUGUCCAGCAGCUGAAGGUCAGUGGGGAGGACCCGUACCCACACAAGUUCCAUGUGGACAUCUCACUCACUCAGUUCAUCCAAGAAUACAGUCACCUGCAGCCUGGGGACCACCUGACUGACAUCACCUUAAAAGUAGCAGGUCGCAUCCACGCCAAGAGAGCCUCUGGGGGAAAGCUCAUCUUCUAUGACCUUCGAGGAGAGGGGGUCAAGUUACAAGUCAUGGCCAACUCCAGGAAUUAUAAAUCAGAGGAAGAAUUCGUUCACAUCAAUAACAAACUGCGCAGGGGAGACAUAAUCGGAGUCGAGGGCAAUCCCGGAAAAACCAAGAAGGGUGAGCUGAGCAUCGUCCCCCGGGAGAUGACACUCCUGUCCCCCUGCUUGCACAUGCUGCCUCAUCUUCACUUCGGCCUCAAGGACAAGGAAACAAGGUAUCGUCAGAGAUACUUGGACUUGAUACUGAACGACUUUGUGAGGCAGAAGUUUAUCAUCCGCUCUAAGAUCAUCACAUAUAUAAGAAGUUUCUUGGACGAGCUGGGAUUCCUAGAGAUCGAGACUCCCAUGAUGAACAUCAUCCCCGGGGGAGCUGUGGCCAAGCCUUUCAUCACCUACCACAACGAGCUGGACAUGAACCUGUACAUGAGAAUUGCUCCAGAGCUCUACCACAAGAUGCUGGUGGUUGGUGGCAUUGACCGGGUUUAUGAAAUUGGGCGCCAGUUCCGGAACGAAGGGAUUGAUUUGACUCACAAUCCUGAGUUCACCACCUGUGAGUUCUACAUGGCCUAUGCAGACUAUCAUGACCUCAUGGAAAUCACAGAGAAGAUGCUGUCAGGGAUGGUGAGAAGCAUCACAGGCAGUUACAAGAUCACCUAUCACCCAGAUGGGCCAGAAGGCCAAGCCUAUGAGAUUGACUUCACCCCACCCUUCCGAAGAAUCAGCAUGGUAGAAGAGCUUGAGAAGGUUCUGGGCGUGAAGCUGCCAGAAACCAGUCUCUUUGAGACCGAAGAAACUCGCAAAAUUCUCGAUGAUAUUUGUGUUGCAAGGGCUGUUGAAUGCCCCCCACCUCGGACCACAGCCAGGCUCCUUGAUAAGCUUGUGGGAGAGUUCCUCGAAGUGACAUGCAUCAGCCCUACAUUCAUCUGUGAUCACCCACAGAUCAUGAGUCCUCUGGCCAAAUGGCACCGUUGCAAAGAGGGUCUAACUGAGCGCUUCGAGCUGUUUGUCAUGAAGAAGGAAAUAUGCAAUGCGUACACUGAGCUGAACGACCCCGUGCGGCAGAGACAACUGUUUGAAGAACAGGCCAAGGCCAAGGCUGCUGGUGACGAUGAGGCCAUGUUCAUAGAUGAGAACUUCUGUACUGCCCUGGAGUACGGGCUGCCCCCAACAGCUGGCUGGGGCAUGGGUAUCGACCGAGUCACCAUGUUUCUCACAGACUCCAACAAUAUCAAGGUACGUGCAGACCUCCCAGUGCAUGCUUCCCCAGAACUCCACUGUACUGGAGAUGACAGAGCACAGGGCCUGGAGAAGAAAGGAGAGGCUCAAGGAGUCCCUUCCACUACAGGAGAAGACUAAAGAGCAUGGGACCUUACAGGACUUUAAUCUUCCUGCUUGAGACAGGAGGGAAACUAAUAGUUUGCUUUUCCUCAAUAUCCAGGGAAAUGCUAAGCCCUCUCUACAUAUAUUGCCUUAAAUCAGUCAGUUCUAUGAGGAGUGAAGAUUGCUUUUGCUGGUGUUAAUACUUUUUGAGACAGGAUCUCAUGUAGCCUGGGCUCUCUUGGAACUCCAUCUGUAGUUUAUAAUGAGCUUGACAUUCCUGAUAUUCUGGCCUCUACCUCCAGAACACUGAGAUUGUAUUGGUGCAUGCCUGUGCGGAAGCUCGCUUUUGGAUCGCUUUGCUUUGGUGUGGUUUGGUUUGUGGGGUUUUGUUUGUUUGUUUGUUCGUUUGUUUGUUUUGUUUUGUUUUUCUUUUGGUUCUGGUUUUGGUCUUUUGGUUUUUUUUAUUCCACAUAGGGUUUCUCUUCAUAGCCCUGGAUGUCCUGGAACUCACACUGUAGACCAGGCUGGCUUUGAACUCAGAGAUCCCCCUGCUUCUGCCCUUUUUUUUUUUUUUUUUUUUAAAGAUUUUAUUUUAUUGUACACUGUUGCUGUCUUCAGACACACCAGAAGAGGGCAUCAGACCCCAUUACAGGUGAUUGUGAGUCACCAUGUGGUUGCUGGGAAUUGAACUCAGGACCUCUGGAAGAGCAGCCAGUACUCUUAUCUGCUGAGCCAUCUCUCCAGCUGCCUGCUUCUGCCUUCUGAGUGCUGGGAUUAAAGGCAUAUGCCACCACCACCCAGCUGAUGUUCACUCAUAAAACAAAAUAAUACGUUUUUAAAAAUUAAACAUAUGGCUCAUUUACACCACAAGCAUCCCAUGUGCCUGCAGAGGCCAGAAGAGAUUGUCAGAUCCCCUGAAGCAAGUUACAUGAGGCUGUGCUGGGAACCACAUCUUGGUCCUCUGCAAGAACAAGUGCUCUUAAUUGCUGAGCCAUCUCUCUAGCCCUGGAACCUUAGUUUUGCUAGAACCUGUUGAUUCAUUUUUUUGACGUGGGACCCUAGCAGGUUCUAUGCCCUUGGCUGGGUGUGUAUUUCUAGAUUUUGUAACAGCAGAGGCAGCAGCAAAAGUAGGAUUGCAAGGGGGUGGGGUGCGAUAUGGGAUGGGAUGGGAUUCAUAGUGUCUUUUUUUUUUAAAAGCCAGAGUUUUACCACAUAGUUCUGGUCCGGUUGUUCUGGAACUUAACCAUAUGUAGACCAGGCUGGCCUUGAAAUCAAGUCAGAGUGGUCUGUCCCCCACCCACCACCCACCCCCACCUCCUAAGGGCUGUGAUUAAAUAAGUUCCACUGUGCCUGGCGCAUGGUGCUUCGCUUUAAAGGAACCUUUGCUCUUCUCUUCUCCAGGAAGUACUUCUCUUUCCUGCCAUGAAGCCUGAAGACAAGAAGGAAACUGCAACAGCCACCGAGACCCCAGAAAGCACAGAGGCCAGCCCCUCUGUCUAGAAGACUAUGCAACUAUGGCCUUUGCGCUUGAGCAGCAGAUCUGGUCUGAGGGAGGGAGGGGUUCCUGUGUGGUGCCCGCCCACUGGACACUGCAGUCCAACCACCACAAGAGAGAAGAAUUAAAGAAUUUCUUUUUAUUCCUUGUUACCAAAUAAACCAUUUCUCUCUUUA